GGCGGCCACAGCCCACAGCCCGCCUCUUUGUUACUCCUACUCCGAGCAAGGUAUGGCAGACACUAUGGAAGUUGACGCGGGCGUAGAAGAGAAGAAGGGUGAAGAGCAAAAGGUUCCUGCUACCGCUGCUUCUGCUCCGGGGAAAAAAGGCAACAACAUCAUGCUGCAUCCGCUCACCGUUAUCACGAUUUCGGACCACCACACUCGAGUCUCGACGGGAGGUGGGGCCCAGGAAGCCGGCGGGCGCGUGAUCGGUCUCCUGUUUGGGUCUCAGAAUGGGCGCGACGUGAGCAUCUACGAUGCGAUGGAGGUGGCGUGCACCGCUGUGGGGGCGAACGGUUUGGAAUUGAACGAAGCUUUGGUGGAGAAGCAGAAGAACCUAUAUACUGCGGUUUACCCAAUGUACGAGAUCCUGGGGUGGUACACAGUCGGCACAGAAGUCACGGAGCUGGAUUUGGGCAUCCAACGCCAGAUGACGAAGUUCAACUCGUCGCCGCUCUUCUUGCUAAUGAACCCUAGCCCUGCUCAAGGGUCGAAGGAACUACCAGUUUUGAUUCACGAGUCGGAGUCGCACAUGUUGGACGGAGUAGCACAGUCUACCUUCGUUCAGCUGGCUUUCCAGCUUGAAACUACGCAGGCGGAGCAGAUCUCCGUUGAGCAUGUGGCCAAGGCGACUCCCACCGACGGCAUAUCAUCGAUCGAUCUGCACGCGGGCGCAGUGAGCACGUCGCUACGGACCCUCCUUGCCAGAAUUGAGAUCCUGCGGAGAUUCCUGGAGGAGACCAAGAAGGGCAACAUCUCCGUAGACUACCCCCUGCUGCGACAAAUCUCAAGCAUCUGCAACCAGCUCCCGACAAUGGACGGAGCACAGUUCUCCGAGGAGUUCAUGCGGGAAUUCAACGACUCGCUUUCAGUCGCGUACCUGGCGUCGGUGCAGAAGAGCGCUGGCUCCAUGAAUGACCUUGCGGACAAGUUCAUGACAGCGUUUGGGCACCGACGACCUAUUUGA